AUGGCUACCUCAAGAAUAUUUGUCAAGGGUCUGCCGACCAGCCUUACCGAGGCUGAGUUCCGAAAACACUUCUCUGCGGGAAACCGCGAAGUUACAGAUGUCAAGCUCAUGGCGCAGCGCCGCAUUGGCUAUGUAGGCUACAAGUCAGCAGACGACGCCGCAAAGGCCGUCAAGUACUUCAACAAGACCUACAUUCGCAUGUCCAAGAUUGCUGUCGAACCGGCAAGAGCAAUCUCAGAUUCUGCCCCAACCAAGGCGAAGUUCGCCACCCGAACCGCGGCGCCGGAGAAGGGCAACAGAGCCUUGCCGCCGACUGCCACGUCUGAAGAUGGUGGUUCAAAGAAGAGGAAGCGGGAGGACCUGGACCAGUCAGAUCCCAAGCUGCAAGAGUAUCUUCGGGUCAUGGGGUCGGGAAGGGAAAGUCUCGUUGCUGAUGAGACAGCUGUCGAAUCAAGCGGAGCUCUAGCGCCGCAGGGCGGUGCGCUGGUGCCCGAUGGGGAGAGCGAUGACGAGUACGUCGAAGUUCCCUCGAGGAAGGAGAAGGUCCGGAAAGUUGAUCAUGCGACGGGAGAGACCGGUGUGGCUCAAGUGACACCGGCGAGGGAGACGGCGUCUCGUAAAGAGGCUGUCAGUCUCCCGGCCGACGGUGGUGUGGCUGGGGCGUUGCCUGGGACUUCGGCCCCAGAGUCUGAGGCGGCGAAUCAACCAGCCGACGUGGCAACAGCCGCGACGGACGACGAUUGGCUGCGCUCUCGAACAAGCAGACUUUUAGACCUGGUUGACCCAGACGACAUUUCCCAUGUCGCACCCAUGGAAAAGCCCGAUGGUGACAGCUCGACUGGCCAAGAGGUCGGAAAUGACAAAGAGGCUCCGCAUUCCGAAGAGGACGGAACUCACGAUCACCAAGCCCCCCUCUUAACGCAAGGGCAGGACAAAGAAUCAGCCGCUGAAGCUAUUUCGAGGACUUCUCGGUUGUUUGUUCGAAAUCUCCCUUACUCCGCCACCGAGGACGACCUAAGGGAGGAGCUUGAAAAGUUUGGAGGUGUAGACGAAGUACACAUGCCAAUCAAUGCGCAAGGCACAGGCAAAGGCUUUGCCCUGGUGCUGUUUACAAAGCCAUCUGACGCGGUUGCUGCAUUCCAAGCGUUGGAUGGGGCAACGUUUCAGGGGCGUAUCGUCCACAUCAUUCCAGCGGAUGCGAAAAGAGAGCAUGGUGUGGAUGACUUCUCCAUGUCUGGCCUCCCGCUGAAGAAACAGAACCUGAUUCGCAGGAAGAAGGAGGCGGCAUCCACCACGUUCAAUUGGAACUCGCUGUACAUGAGCCAGGACGCCGUCAACGCCUCAGUGGCGGCUCGACUUGGUGUCUCAAAAUCCGAGGUGCUUGAUCCUACAUCGGCGGACGCAGCAGUCAAGCAAGCCAUUGCGGAGACGAGCGUGAUCCAAGAGACCAAGGCAUACUUUGCAGCCAACGGGGUGGACUUGGAUGCGUUCAAGUCUCACAAGCGGGGCGAUCUGGCGAUUCUGGUCAAGAACUUUCCAUACGGGACGACGAUGGAAGAGCUCCGCAAAAUGUUUGAGGAGUUUGGCCCAGUUGUCAGAGUUUUGAUGCCGCCGACGGGUACAAUUGCUAUUGUACAAUUCGCGCAGGCCAACCACGCAAAGUCAGCUUUUGGCAAGCUGGCGUAUCGACGGAUCAAGGACAGCGUUCUUUUUCUGGAGAAGGCGCCGAAAGAUCUGUUUACUAGUGAGGCGCCCGCGGUGGCAGUAGCCAAGGCUAGCAGCCAGCCAACGGGAACCACGAAGCUCAGCGUUAGUGACCUGUUGACGGGUGGCGGUGAUAAGGCCGGUGAGGAAGAGGUGGAGACGACGUCUCUGUUCGUCCGCAAUUUAAACUUCAGCACCACCACGAGUAGAUUAGCUGAGGCCUUCAAGGCUCUGGAUGGAUUCGUCUCGGCCAGAGUCAAGACCAAGACGGACCCGAAGAAGCCGGGCCAGAUACUCAGCAUGGGGUUUGGGUUUGUUGAGUUUCGUACGAAAGCGCAGGCGCAGGCAGCCCUGGGUGCCAUGGACGGACAUGUUUUGGAUGAUCAUGCGCUGGCCGUGAAGGCGUCUCACAAGGGCAACGACGCCGCGGAGGAGAGGCGAAAGCAAGACAAGGCCAAGAAGGUGGCGGCGCAGCGGACCAAGGUGGUGAUCAAGAACUUGCCUUUCCAGGCAACGAAGCAGGAGGUUCGGACGCUAUUUGGCAGCUACGGCCAGCUAAGAUCCGUCCGCGUUCCAAAGAAGACGGAUGGUACGUCGAGGGGCUUUGCCUUUGCGGACUUUGUGACACCUCGGGAAGCAGAGAACGCACUCAACGCUCUGCGGGACACGCAUUUACUUGGACGUCGGCUGGUCAUGGACUUUGCAGAGGCUGAGGCGGUGGAUGCGGAAGAGGAGAUUGAAAAGAUGCAGCACAAGGUGGGAGGGCAGGUGAAUAAGGUUGCGCUGCAGCAACUUACAGGAGGGGGGCGGAAAAAGGUGAAUAUUGGCAAUGAAGGUGAGGACGAGAUGGACUUGAUGGACUAG